AUGUAUCUACGAGCGGUAAUAGUUCUGGUGCUGGUAGCAGCUACUCACGUACUGUCCAAAUCCAACCCACCAAUGGGAUGUGUUCUACUCGAGAGUGUCGCCUAUCGGAAAUUUCUAUUUUCCGGGCUGUACCACAGCAGCAUGUACGAUCGAAACGUCAACUACGAUAACUGGGAACAUUUAGAAGACAAGGAAUGGAUCUUCGAGAAAAGUGGGAAGGAGUACCGAAUUUACACCGUCAAGAAUCAAAUCGCUCCGAUGUAUCUCCAUACCAACAAAGCCAUGCAGUUCGAUGGCGAUCGGAGGCGAGUACAUCUAUCGGCCUUCAUCAACGGAACUAAAGAGAUGCAAUGGACGGUUGAGCAGCAGAAAAAUGGCUACUUUGCCAUCAAAAACAAAGAGAUGAAGGAAUAUCUGUACGCUGGUGAGCGAAAGUUUGACGUGCCUUACGGAUGCCUCCAGCCUUACGAGAUGAACCUGAACCACUGGAAAACCAACAACACCAUCUGCCGAACCGUCGGGCAAGUUUUCACUUGGAAGGGUAAAAUGCCGAAGGAGCUGGGAUUUGAAUAUCUGUGGAACGUUCGUUCAUGUUGACCUAUAUGUAACUAAGUAUU